AAACAUUGCAUUUGCGCCAGAGACGUCAAUGUCAAAAAUAAGCCUGACAAAGAAUUACGGACGAAAUAAUAUAAUUUGUACAUAAAAUAUAAACAAAAUAUUCAACAGGCCAUUAAAACUUCGCAUAGGAAAUUAAUUCACGAAAAGUAUAUUGUAUGUGUAAAUAGUUCGUGAUGAUGUCGCUAAAGCCGAGGCACGUGGACUUCCAGGAGACAUGGGCCAACCUCAAAGAGACCGUUGCGGGGGUGGUGGGGCUGAAGGCCGUGGACCGCAUCGUGUGGAACACCCGCUUCUCUGACGUGUACGCGCUGUGCGUCGCUCACCCCGAGCCCCUGGCGGACCGGCUCUACGACGAGACCAGGAACUUCUUAGAGGAGCACGUGGCAAGUCUGCUGGAGAGAGUUCGAGGCUCCACCACCCUCGAGCAGUCCGACCACAACGAUGGACUACUGGACAGGUACGUGUCGGCGUGGCGCGAGUACAGCCAGGGCGUGGCCUACCUCAACAGCCUCUACUCCUACCUCAACCUGCAGCACGUCAAGCGACAGAAGGUCUCCGACGCGGAGAUCAUAUACGGCACGUCGGCCACGGUGAGCUGUCCCGAGCAAGACGCGCGACAACUGGAGGUGGGCGAGCUGGGCCUGGACAUCUGGGAGCGCGUGCUGGUGCGGCCGCUGUCCGCCGCCCUCACGGCGCGCAUCGUCAGCGCGCUGCACGCCGCCCGGGACGCGCCGCCCGACCCGCGCCACGCCGACAUCAUCCGACAAGCCAUACAGAGCACCGUGCACGUCCGCAGUUUUCGCGUCCGGUCUCCACUCGCGCUGUACGAGCAGCUCGUGCUGGAGCCGUUCCUCCAGGCGGCCGGCGAGCAGCACGCCAGGACGGCGGCCCACUUACUGCAGGAGGGGGACGUCGCACAUUACAUGAAGCACGUUCUCGCAGGGCUGGAGCGCGAGGUGUCGCUGGCGCAGCGCUACCUGCCGGCGUCGUCCCGCGAGGCGGUCCGCGCGUGCUACGAGCGCGCCGCGGUGGCCGCGCACCUGCCCGCGCUGCACGCCGACGUGGACCGCCUGCUGGCCGAGGCGAGCGCCGACGACGACGACGCGCCCCAGCGCCGCGAGGACUUGUCCCGCAUGUACCAGCUGGUGCGGCCCCUGGGCCCGGCGGCGCUGCGGCCGCUGGUGGACGCCGCGCUGGCGCACGCGCAGGCCCACGGACACGCGCUGCUCUCCAGCGCGCUGCAGCACCACAAGGACGAGGUACACAUACACUUCGUGGAGGCCAUACUGACGCUGCACGGCAAGUACAGCAAGCUGUUCAACGAGGUCUUCGGGGGAGCUCAGGCGUUCAUGGGCGCGCUGGACAAGGCCUGCAGCGCCGUGGUGAACAGCCGCAGCGGCGAGGAGGCGUGCCGCGCGCCGGAGCUGGUGGCGCGGUACUGCGACUGGGUGCUCCGCCGCCGCCCCGCCGCCGCGCCCCUCACCGACGUCGACGACAAGCUCACCGCCGCCAUCGUCGUCUUCAAGUACAUCGACGACAAGGACAUCUUCCAGAAGCACUACGCCCGCGCGCUGGCCCGCAGGCUCAUCCACCAGCUCUCCUACUCCAUGGAGCAGGAGGAGUCGAUGAUCAACCGUCUGAAGGCGGCGUGCGGCUACGAGUUCACCAACAAGCUGCACCGCAUGUUCACCGACGUGGCCGUGUCCGCCGACCUCAACGCCAAAUUCCAGCAGUACCUGCGGGACAACGACCUCACGCUCAACACGGGCUUCUUCAUCCAGGUGCUGCAGGCGGGCGCGUGGCCGCUGGGGGGCCCCACGGCUCCGCUGGCGCCGCCCGCCGCGCUGGAGCGCCCGGCGGGGCUGUUCGAGCAGUUCUACCGCAGCGCCUUCAGCGGGCGGCGGCUGGCCUGGCUGCACCACCUGUGCACGGGCGAGCUGCGCGUGCGCUACACCCCGCGCGUGUACCACCUCACGGCCAGCACGCCGCAGUGCGCGCUGCUGCUGUCGCUGGAGCGCCGCGACGCCACCACGCUGUCCGAGGCGCGCGCCGCCGCCGUGCUGCCCGAGGACUCCUGGGAGCGCCACGUGCGCCCGCUGCUGGACAUCGGCCUGCUGCUGCCGGGCGCCGACCCCGACGAGCUGCUGCUCAACCUGUCCUUCUCGUGCAAGCGCUCCAAGCUGCGGCUGUGCGCGUCCCCGGGCCACGGCGCCGCCGCCUCGCCCCCCGACCCGCCGCAGCACCGCGACGACGACCGCAAGAUGUACCUGCAGGCCGCCAUCGUGCGCAUCAUGAAGCAGCGCAAGGUGCUGCGCCACACGGAGCUCAUCCAGGAGGUGGUGCAGCAGGCGCGGGGCUCCUUCGCGCCCUCCGUCGCCAUCAUCAAGAAGUGCAUCGAGGCGCUCAUCGACAAGCAGUACCUGGAGCGCGCGCCGGGGGCCCUGGACACCUACUCCUACCUGGCCUGAGGGCGCCGCCGACGUUUCAUACCUAGGCGCGGCGAAAUAUUUUUGUUUUUAUUUUUAUUUAUCGGUCUCGGAGGUUUGUAAAAACUGUAGAACGUCUCGUCUGAGCUCGUCCCCUCGCAGUCCCGCGGAGGGAGCCGAGACGUCGUCACGAGUCUAGUUUUGUAUCGAGUAAAUGAGUCGCCGUAAAUAUCCACCCGGUACACACACACUCACACGUACACAUGCACGCACACACACCCACGCACUUGCACAAACACGCACACAUGCACAACCACACACACGCACACAUGAACAAUCACACACACGUGCACGCGCGCACACACUCACCCACACAUAUGCAUGCACACGUACACACUCACACACGUACACAUGCACGCACACACACACACACAUGCAGGCACACACACCUUGCACACGUACACAUGCAGGCACACACACACACACACAUAUGCAUGCACACGUACACACUCACACACGUACACAUGCACGCACACACACACACACAUGCAGGCACACACACCUUGCACACGUACACAUGCAGGCACACACACACACACACACACACUUACACACGCAGGCACACACACACACACACACACACACACACUUACACACGUACACAUGCACGCACACAUGCACGCACACACACGCAAACAUGCAGGCACACACACACACACACACACUUGCACACGUACACAUGCAGGCACACACACGCACUCACACACACACACACACACACGUGCUCACAAGCCUGUAUCCUCCUGGGCCGUGUAGUUUCUCGUGUUCAGUCGCGGGCCCUCGUUGCUCUGCACAGUGCACUCUCCGCGCCGCCGGACUGUGGACGUGUCGGGCGGCGACUCCGCGGGAGGACGUCCCGAUUGUUAUCGAUUCUAAUAAAAAUCUUGAUAAAUAAGAAAUAAAUACGGAUAUCGGACAAAGUAUGGUCGGAUUCAGUUGUUGCCCACGGUCUCCUCGGGCGCGGCUUGCACCAGCAGACAAGUAGAGAUCAUCACGUAACGAAAAGCGUUACGCCUCCCCCGUGCGACCGUCUCCCUCUCUCCCUCUCUCUCUCUGUCUCUCUAUUGAACGAGUGUGGUGUGCGUGCGGCGGACGCGCGGUCUCGAUUGUAUAAUAUGAUAUCAUUUUACCAAUAAAUAAAUAUUUUUGCUAAAACACUACCGGGUACAUAUUUGGUAAGGAGCACCGUCCCCGGCGCGGCCCCUGGACCGCACGCGGCUCGCUCGUCGCGUUCAGUCCAGGGUUCGUUGACACGUGACGUCACGGCGCAGUACAUUGCGCGCCCCGGCCCGGCCUGCACCGUAUUUAAUAGGAAAAGUUGUAGCGCCGUGCAGACGACGCGCAGACUCGUGAAACCGAUCGAUGAACGUUAGUUGUUUGAACACAAAGUGUAGAGUGUAUGUAGCCCACGGACAGAGACGGCCGGCGCGAACCCACGUGGCGUCAGCUAUGUUUUAUAAAUUAGUGUAUUUAAAUAUAUAUUAAUAGUUUUGGUAACAAAUUGAUUCAAAAAACACAUAAAAAACUUGUUAUUUUGUAAUUAAAGAUUAUUUUAGAUAUUUAAGUUUUAUUAUUACUUGUCUGUGUGUCACGCGGAGGAUGAUGUGGGCGAAAAUAUAAUUUUACGUAACGCUUCCGAACGUACGAAACGGUGCACUUAUCAUCAGACGAGCGGUUUAUUCGCAAAAUAUUGUUGAAAAUUGUUGGUUUAUUGAUGGGUCACGCGGUGCCCGCGGUGCAGUGCGCAGUGCGGCCGCGCGUGACCACUUCCCGAACGUGCUAACAAUACUUAGAUAAUGUAAAUUAGAAUAAAUAAUGGUUUAUUAAUAAACAGUGUACAAAUACA